AUGGCAGCCCGGGGCUCAUCUGCCGAGCCUUGGCCGCUUCCGCGAUGCUUCCCAGAGCGCCUGGCCGAGGCACGGGCUGCGGCAUCGUCGUCUUUGCGCCCAUGCGUGCUUCUGACCACGGGCGCCAUGAACCCGCCCCACAAGGGGCAUGCGCAGCUUCUCCGACAAGCUGCAGAAAGGCUUCAGAGAGAAGGCUACUGUGUGCUCGGCGCAUGGAUGUCUCCUUCGCAUGACGACUACGUGGGGCCCAAGGCUUUCCGCCUGGGCACCUUGCACCUGAGCAGCGGACUCCGGUUGCAGCUGGCGCAUUUCAUGGUCCGUGAGGACGACUUAGUGGCCGUUGGAAGCUGGGAGGCCAAUGUCACGGGGCGAUGGCCAGAUUUCCCCGAGGUGGCCGCGGAGUUGGAGAAGCAGAUCCAGGGGCGGAUUGAGGAUCCAGGAAGCCUUGGAUCCAUGCCCCGAGUGUUUUACGCCUGCGGAACAGACCAUGCGAAGCGCUGUGGUCUUUACCAGGGCUUUGGGCGCUUCGGCGGAGAAGCGGAAAACGUCGGUGUCGUGGUCGUCCCGCGCGAGGGCGAGGUGGCUCAACCGGAGAGCCCGGGCAAGUUCGUUUUCGUGGCCUCUGCAGCUCCCGGUGAUGUGGCGAGCUUCAGCUCCACGAAAAUCCGUGAAUCCUUCAAGACAGCCGGGCCAGAAGAGCACGAAUACCUCUGCCAUGCCAUUUGUGAGGAAGCGGCCGACUUCAUCCUGCGCCCCAGCGCCGAACAGCGGGCAGCGUACAAAGAGGAUUUCAAGAAGCUGGAACAACAGCUGAUCGCUUCCGAUGCUUAG